AUGAAAUUCAUAAUUGCACCAAAACGAGCAGGCCCACCGGAUAGGUCAACAGUACCGGCAAGUCUAGUGAAUUAUCUACCGGCGACAACAGAAGGUGCAGUGCAGAAAAGGUACAUCGUGAUGUACGAGCACACGAGCAAUGCAGGGACGCCCACACAUCUCUACAUCAACGGGAAACGAUUGGAGGAUCCGGCAACGGAGACACCAAAAUCCGGCAGCACAGAGGUGUGGGAGGUGAUUAACUUGACCGGAGACAAUCACCCAUUGCACCUGCACUUAGCUUCAUUUCAGGCAGUGAAGGCGCAAGAGCUGGUGAAUUUGGACGUGUUCAAGGCUUGCAUGACAACCAAGAACGACGCCGUGGCGUGCAAUGUGGCGAACCAUGCAACAAGGAAGCUGGCUGAUAUCCCUGCUUAUGAGAGAACAUGGAAGAACUCUGUGAAGAUAGAUCCUGGAUACCAAACUACGGUCGUCGUCAAAUUUAAUCUGGUUGACACCGGAGCUCCUUACCCGUUCGACGCUACUGCUGAACCUGGUUUCGUCUAUCAUUGCCAUAUUUUGGACCUUGAGGACAAUGCUAUGAUACGACCACUGAAGCUGGUUGCUUGGAGAGUCUUGCAAAAGGAGGCCGGUUAA